CUCAAGCAUGCAUUUAACACAAGAAAAUACUUCAAAGGAUGAUGGAACUGGCUACCAUCUUGGAAACUUGAUUUUGGAAUACUUCAACACAAAUGAAGAUCAUGUUUGGCAGGUUGACGCGGGAACAGGCGAAGUGGAGAUGAAAUCUUCGAUCAAGUGUCGUUCAAUCCAGUUGGCCAGAUGUCUAAGAAACGCUGGUCUGAAGCCUGGAGAUGUACUUAUUGUGUCUGCGGUCAACCACCUUAACGCACACAUACCUUUUUAUGCUGGAUAUUUGAAUGGAAUGCCAGUAUCUGGAAUUGAUCCCGUCAAUAUAUAUGAAGAAAUAAAGGUGUUUUUAAACAUAAUAAAGCCGAAACUGGUUUUCUGCGAAUCGCCCAGUUUGGAGGACUAUGAGAGGGCAUCUCGGGACCUCGGGCUCGACACGAGGGUAGUGACCUUUGGGGAUAGUCGCAAUUCUUACACGGAUUUUGUGAAGAUGUAUGAUGACCAGACUCCGGAUAAUGAAUUCAAAGUGGCGCACUUCAACACGGAUGAGGUGUACGCAUGGCUCAUCAGCACAAGCGGCACCACUGGUCUGCCCAAGGUCGCCGCCAUCAAACACUGUGAAAUUCUCAAGGUCGUGAAAAUGAGCGCAAUUAUAAGAGGAAAAGAAAGGGUCCCCUUGUUGAACCAGUCAAGUAUCCACUGGGUGUCGUCUUACUUAGCCACAUUGUGUAACAUCUCUAGCAACCAAUACAUCGUGCAAACAUCGUCUCCGCAAACCGUCGAACAUAUGAUUGACGUUAUUAAUAAAUAUAAGCCCACAAUGGUCAGUUCAAGCCCACUGCUAUUCGUCGACAUUGUCCGACACCAGAAGUACUGCGAUCUCACGUGCUUCAAGAAAAUUGUUAUCACCGGAUUCAAUAUGAACCCUGAUAUUUUUAAGGAGUUGCAGGCAAGGGUGGGCCCAAACGGCUGCGUUUGGAACCUUAUGGGGCAGACCGAAUGCGUGGGGUGUAUUCUGAUGCCGGCGCCUGAGGGUCCUCAAGGCAACUGCGGCUAUGAGCUGAAGGCGGUACCAGUACAAUUGGUUGAUACGAACACUGGUGAAGUUAUCACUGAGCCGAACAGGCCGGGAGAACUGUGGACCAAGGGCCCAAGAUUUACGGAAUACUACAACAACCCAGAAGCAACAGCAGCCGUGUUCUCACCCGACGGCUGGUACAAAACCGGAGACUUGCUGUACAGGGACGAAAAUGGAUUCUUCUUCUACGUGGAAAGGAUGACCAGCUCCUUCAGAUAUCGGAACUAUUUUGUCACGCCUUUAGAGCUGGAGCAGCUAAUCCAGGUGCACCCAGAUGUACUGGACGUGUGCGUGGUAGGCAUACCGCAUCCAGAAGACGGCAAGCAGGCCGUGGCCUGUGUGCAGAGACGUCCUGGGUCAACACUUACGGAGCAGGAUGUUAAAGAUAUUGUUGCUUGUAAAUUAUCCGUCCCGAAACACAUCCACGGUGGCGUCAUCUUCAUAGUAGACUUCCCCAGAACAGUCUCCGGCAAAAUCGCCAGAGGGAAAGUGCAGGAUUACGUCCUUCAAUACCGCAAAGCAGUUUCAGAGUAUCCCAGCUCUGGUAAUAGGCGUCAUCCAUAUAUUACGUCACAGUGUAAGGGGUAGGGAGGGGUCAUACUAAAUGUGACAAUCCCUGUUAAAGGGAUACAAAAAAGCGUGACAUAGGAGGGGGGAGGGGUCCAAAAACCUGAAAUUUGGUGUGACGUAAUAUGUGGAUGAUCCCAAUUACGAGGAAACUGAUCAGCUCCUUCCAGCAUCUUGGUAUGCACAACCCUAGAAUGAUUUCAACGGGAAGCCGUUGAUUGCCUUGUCACCUGUGGGCCAGGUUGACGUGAUAAUCAUUUCACGCUCCUUGGUGAUCGAGAUCUUUUUUUUAGGGUUCCGUAGUCAACUAGGAACCCUUAUAGUUUCGCCAUGUCUGUCUGUCCGUCCGUCCGUCCGUCCGUCCGCGGAUAAUCUCAGUAACCGUUAGCACUAGAAAGCUGAAA